CGAGCUCCGGAGGGUUUCUGGUGCUCCGCGAUAGCGGGGAGGCCAAGACUUACCCCUGUGCUGUCCGUCUCUCAGUCGAGUUACACCCUUCUGGUCAGUCGUGUGUGUGUGUGAGUGUGUGUGAGAUAUAUGUUUGGCAGAAGAAGCUGAGCAGACCUGAAGCUGCGUACUUUCUGCCUGAGGAAGAGUGGGCUUGAGGAGCAGCGGCCAGAUGGAGGUUUUGUGCGGAUCUCAACUUCCCUUCUGGGACCUGAAUCUGACCCUAUACCAUAACAACCCUGAUCUCACAGAGUGCUUUCAGCUUUCUGUGCUUCCAUGGAUCCCCUGCAUCUACCUGUGGCUGGUCUUCCCUUUUUACUUCAUUUACCUCAAGUUGAACAACAGAGGCUAUAUUAUGAUGUCUAUAUUAAACAGAAUAAAAACGGUGUUUGGCUUGAUUUUAUGGAUUGUGUGCUGGACAGACCUCUUUGCCUCGUUCAGUGAAAUGGAGCAGGGGAUUUUCAGACCUCCAAUAUACUUUGUUACUCCAUUAGUACUUGGCAUGACUAUGCUAUUAGCCACCUUUCUUAUCCAGUUUGAGCGUCUGAAAGGGGUGCAGUCCUCUGGAGUGCUUUUUAUAUUUUGGGUGAUCUCCGUACUGUGUGCCAUCGUGCCUUUUCGCUCAAAGAUCCUUCAGGCCCGCCAAGAGGAUGAUAUUAAAGACAAACUGCGGUUCACAACAUUCUACAUGUAUUUUGGCCUCGUGAUGGGAGAACUCAUUCUGUCCUGCUUCAGUGAGAAGCCUCCACACUUCUCCAGCGCAGUCACAGAUCCUAAUCCAUGUCCAGAAUCAUCUGCUGGCUUCCUCUCAAGAAUGACCUUUUGGUGGUUUACAAGCAUGGCAAUAAAAGGCUACAAAUCUCCACUGGAAAACAAAGACCUGUGGUCCCUGAACAAGGAUGACAGCUCAGAGGUGGUGGUACCCAAACUCCUCAAGGAGUGGGAAGUGGAAAAGUCUAAAGUACAUAGGUCUGCACAGGAAAUGAAUGGGCAGGCCGUAUACUCUAAAGCUGAGUCAGAGAGCAACCACGUGGGUGUAAAUCCUGAGGAGGUGGAAGUGCUACUCUCCAAGAAGAAGGAGUCACAGCAACCUUCCUUCCUACGUGCCCUAAUCAGAGCCUUUGGGCCCUACUUCCUCAUUGGCUCAGCCUUCAAGCUGCUACAGGAUAUCAUCGUCUUCAUCAACCCUCAGCUGCUCAGGAUGCUGAUUGCGUUCACCAAAAACAAGAAUGUGCCAUCGUGGUGGGGCUUCGCUCUGGCCUUCCUCAUGUUUGGUUGUGCCCUGCUGCAGACACUCAUCCUGCAUCAGCACUUUCAGUACUGCUUCGUUACAGGCAUGAGGCUGCGCACAGCUAUCAUCGGUGCCAUCUACAGAAAGUCGCUGGUCAUUACUAAUGAAGCGAAGCGUUCUUCCACUGUGGGAGAGAUCGUUAACUUGAUGUCCGUGGAUGCUCAGCGCUUUAUGGACCUCACCACGUUCCUGAACAUGCUGUGGUCUGCACCGCUGCAGAUCAUACUGGCUCUCUUCUUCCUCUGGCAGACUCUGGGCCCCUCUGUCCUGGCAGGUGUUGCUGUUAUGGUUCUCCUAAUUCCUUUUAAUGCUGUGAUUGCCAUGAAAACCAGAGCAUACCAGGUGGAGCAGAUGCAGUACAAAGAUGCUCGCAUCAAGGUGAUGAAUGAAAUCCUGAACGGGAUGAAAGUGCUGAAGCUCUACGCCUGGGAGCACUCCUUCAAGGAGAAGGUCCUACAAAUUCGGCAAAAGGAGCUCGACGUGCUGCGCAAGUCUGGCUACCUUAGUGCCCUGUCUGUCAUGGCCUGGACAAGCGCCCCCUUUCUGGUUGCUAUGACAACAUUUGCCGUGUAUGUGACUGUGGACAAAAACAACGUCUUAGAUGCAGAGAAGGCCUUUGUCUCACUUUCUCUGUUCAACAUCUUAAGAUUUCCCCUGAACAUGCUUCCACAGGUCAUAAGCAGCGUCAUGCAGGCUAGCGUGUCUCUCAAGCGUAUCCAGCAAUUCUUGAGUCAUGAUGAGCUGGACCCAGACAGCGUGGAUAGAAAGCCUGCAGCUUCGGAAUAUGCUGUAACUGUUGUGAACGGGAAAUUCUCAUGGGCCAAGAAAGAUCCGCCUGCUCUUCAAAACAUUAAUGUGAUGGUGCCCCAGGGCUCAGUGUUAGCAGUGGUGGGUCAUGUAGGAUGUGGGAAAACAUCUCUUGUGUCAGCUCUGCUAGGAGAGAUGGAGAAGCUAGAUGGGGAGAUGUCCAUAAGGGGUUCCGUGGCUUAUGUGCCACAGCAGGCGUGGAUCCAGAAUGCCACACUGAGAGACAACAUCCUGUUCGGCAGACCUUACAUAGAGGAGAAGUACCGCCGUGUGCUGGAUGCCUGCGCCCUUACCACUGAUCUCGAAGUACUUCCUGGAGGUGACCAAACAGAGAUAGGAGAGAAGGGAAUUAAUCUUUCUGGAGGUCAGAGGCAGAGGGUGAGUUUGGCCAGGGCUCUGUACAGUGAAGCAGACGUUUACCUCCUGGAUGACCCGCUGUCUGCUGUGGAUGCCCAUGUCGCCAAGCACAUCUUUGACAAUGUCAUUGGGCCAGAGGGAGCACUCCGUCAAAAGACACGAAUCCUGGUGACCCACGGCAUCAGCUUCCUGCCCCAGGUGGAUAACAUCAUGGUGCUAGUGGAGGGCAGGGUAUCAGAGAUGGGAUCUUACCAGGACUUGCUCAAUGAGAAUGGGGCCUUCGCUGAGUUCCUGAGGAACUACUCUGUAGAGGACAUAAUGGAGGAUGACGAAGUGACAGAGGUGCUGAUUGAUGAGGAAGAGUUAUUCCCUGAUGAUGCUCUCAGUACCCACACUGAUAUGGUGGACCAGGAACCUGCAGUCAAUGAGGCUCGAAGGCAGUUUAUGAGGCAAAUCAGCAUCAUGUCUAAUGAUAUGGAGAACACAAGGGCGAAAUCAGUACGCAAACGUCGCUUCAGCGAGAGGAGGCAUGGAGAGCCACCGCAGGAGAAGAAAGAGUCCAAAGUGGAGAAGCUUAUCCAGGCUGAGACUACAGAGACGGGCCGGGUGAAACUCAAGGUUUAUUGGGAGUAUGUGAAAGCUGUGGGGCCUUUGAUGUCCAUUUUCAUCUGCUUCCUGUAUGGCGCUCAGAGUGCAGCAGCUAUCGGGGCCAACAUUUGGCUCACCGUGUGGACUAAUGACACCGAGAAGAGCAACAGAGAAGACGAUGUACCAAUGAGAGUGGGGGUGUAUGCAGCACUGGGCAUUACACAAGGUGUGCUGAUUCUGGCCAACUCUUUACUGAGCCGGGCCUACGGUAUGCUGAAGGCUGCCCACAUCACCCACCUCCACAUGCUUGGUGCUGUUCUGAGGGCGCCGCAGGCCUUUUUUGAGUCCAACCCCUCAGGGCGUGUGUUGAAUCGCUUCAGCAAAGAUGUGGACACAAUAGACUCUCUUAUUCCAGAAAAUAUCGAUAUCUGGAUGCGCACUUUCUGGUACACAGUCUCUGUGCUGGUCAUAUGCUCUGCCCUCACCCCUAUGUUCUUCAUAGUCAUAGUGCCGUUAAUGAUGUUCUAUUGGUGGGUCCAGAGAUUUUAUGUAGCCACCUCACGGCAGCUAAAGAGACUGGAGUCGGUCAGUAGAUCCCCUAUAUACUCUCAUUUUUCGGAGACCAUCACUGGCACUAGCGUGAUCCGUGCUUAUGGGCUCAGCACUUCUUUUGUGCUCAUGAGUGAUAUGAAAGUGGAUGAGAACCAAAAGAGUUACUACCCUGGUAUUGUUUCCAACAGGUGGUUGGGGGUACGGAUUGAGUUUAUUGGAAAUUGCAUUGUGCUGUUUGCUGCUCUGUUUGCCGUUAUCGGGAAGGACAACCUCAGCGAAGGACUUGUGGGGCUCUCUGUCACUUAUGCCCUGCAGGUCACCAUGUCCUUGAACUGGAUGGUGAGAAUGACCUCUGACCUUGAGAGCAACAUUGUUGCUGUAGAGAGAGUGAAGGAGUACUCAGAGACACCACCUGAGGCACCAUGGGAGGUGGAGGACAAAAAGCCUUCAUCUGACUGGCCUCCUGAGGGCAAUGUGGAGUUUACUGACUACAGUGUGAGGUAUCGGGAGGGACUUGACUUGGUGCUGAGGAAUAUUUCUCUCCAGGUGAAAGGAGGAGAAAAGAUUGGCAUUGUGGGUAGGACUGGAGCAGGCAAGUCCUCCAUGACGCUGUGUCUGUUCCGUCUGCUGGAGGCAGCAGGAGGGGAAAUUACCAUUGACGGAGUAAAGAUUGCUGAGAUCGGCCUGCAUGACCUAAGAACCAAACUCACCAUAAUCCCCCAGGAACCAGUUCUGUUCUCAGGGACGUUGAGGAUGAACCUUGACCCUUUUGACAAAUACAGUGAUGAUGAUAUUUGGAACGCUCUGAAACUGUCUCAUCUACAUAAGUUUGUCAGCAACCAGCAAGCUAAACUCGAGUUGGAGUGCACGGAAGGAGGAGAGAAUUUAAGUGUGGGACAGAGGCAACUUGUCUGUUUGGCUCGAGCUUUGCUAAGGAAGACCAGAAUCCUCAUCCUUGAUGAAGCCACAGCUGCUAUUGACUUGGAGACAGAUGAUCUCAUCCAGUCCACCAUCCGCACACAGUUCGAGGACUGCACAGUCUUCACCAUCGCUCACAGACUCAACACCAUCAUGGACUACACAAGAGUUCUGGUUUUGGACAAGGGACAGAUAGCAGAGUUUGACACACCAGCAAACCUUAUUGCACAGAAAGGAAUAUUCCAUGGCAUGGCAAGAGACGCAGGGUUGGCGUGAGCCGUCAAAGCUGUACAAACACAACAGUGCCUUCAUCCACAGUGAGACAGUGAAUGUAUCUUUGUUUUGUUACUCAGCUGGACCUGUAAUUGUUUUUGCAUUAUUGUUAUUUUAUAUGAACUCAGUGCUACUGUUACUUUGGCCACUGAAUUUUAAUAAUGAACCAGUCUAUUUUUGUACUGUAUUAUUUAAGUUACUUUUGAGGCUUUGCCAUAGGGAAAAUAUGCUGUUGAAAUAAAGGUGCCAUUCCUUUUUGUACAGUACAUAUUUUAUUACCAACGUGGAAUUAUGUUACUUUUACUGUCUAAAGCAAUAGUGCAUUGUUUUGUUGUCAUCAGGAAGUUCCAAAGUUGUUUUUUUGACCAAAUUUUGUGCGUGACAAUCAGAUUCAGCACGACAUGCAAGUCUGAGAUGUCUGAAGUGUGUCCAGACUGGACCCAUGCUUUAGAUUGAUUAGACUUCAGCACAGAAGCAUUAAUAUUGUGGCCCUCUGUAUUUUAAUGUUUUGAGUUAAAGGGAUCAUAUCUAUUUCUUCCUUCAGCAGCUACACCUCAUAUGAGCCAGGCUUGCACUGUUUGCUCCAGGUCCAUUUAGAUUCAGAUAUAAAGAACAGCUUUUACUGAUUAAGUUGAUUAGAUUCCUAAGCAACUUUAUACUGUGAGCAAAUGGCAAUCUGUAUGCUGUGAACAUGUGAAAACACAUGAGGUCUAUUUUCUGAAUAAUGAAACGAGAUUUUUAUAUUUCAUUUGUAAACAAAAAUAUGAUUAUAUGUAAGACUGUAAGAAAAACACUAUGAGAGAUUUUAAUAAAACUGAGAAACAUUACGGGGUGAAUGAUCCAAGAUAUGUUUUACAACUUUAUUAUGUAAUUCACUUCGUGUAUAAAUCAUAUUAUAAAUUAAAACUUAAUAAUCUUGCUCAUACUGUGCCUCACUUUUUUCAUCAAGUUUUCCCAAAUAGCACGCAUAUGUUGGCAUGACAUGCGCAUUUGUACGUCUGAAGUUGAAACAACCUAAUUUCUAAUUGGGAAGGCAUUGGCACAAAAGUUCUGACCAAUCCCCAUCACUCCUACGGAUGGUUUGAGCAAUCCCAAUCUCUCCCACAGUUUUUUUUUACAUGUAUCUGCCCACCGUAUUUUCUAAUGAACUUAGUUGGUUCUACUUUCAAAAAUAUAAACAAAUAUUGUUUAUAUAAUAUAAACCAAAGCAGUACUGAUAUAAAGCAAUUAAAGAUGAUGGAUAAAUGUUAAUGAACUUGGACUUUCUUUCUGCAAGUUUCAAACCUGACUACCCACUCCUGUGGAGAUUUUGUGACAGACAGAAAAGCAAUCACACUUGACGGGAAACAUACAGUGCAUCAGGGAAUUACAUUAACUUCUGAACAAAGUCAGCAUUUAAUUCCUAAAAAAAGCAAUCCCCUGCUAAUUGUUUUUCAAUGAAAAGACCAGCUUCUGUAUAUCACUAAUGAAAAGCAAUACAGUUUGUUUAUUGUUUUUCUCAUGAACGGAAGCACACAGUGACAUGCAAUGCUUAUAACUGUAAAAAAAAAAUAAA